AUUUUACACCUCAUUGCACCAACGGCAAGCGGGAACUUGAGCAUCGUCGGCGCCGAACAAGAUGAUGAGCGUUGGGCAAAUGUGUAGCCAGGAGGCUGAAGAUGCCCCAGGUAGCGACGUAGACGUUCCGCGCACGAAGAAGUCGUCGUCCAAACGAGCACGGUCUCGGAAACACCACAGUCCCGCGCCUGUCGUCGAGGACAGAGAGUCGUCGGUGCAUGAAGACGAGGAUGGCGAUGACGACGACGAUGAGAGCUCAAAAAGUGAAAAUGGUGGUAGUGGUGGUGGUGGUGGUAGCGAUCACAAUCGAUGGUACUGCAACAUCUGCAAGGAUGGCGGCGAACUGCUGUGUUGCGACCGAUGCCCUCGCGCGUUCCACACGGCCUGUCUCACCAUGGACCCCGACGAUAUCCCUCGACCUGACAGUAGCUGGUACUGCAAGCUGUGUAGCGACACGUUGGAACGUCGCACCGCAAAACGCGCAAUGAAGGACCAAAAGCGACACCAGCGCGAAGAAGAGAAGCGGCAGCGAGACCUCGUCCGGGAAGCGAAAAUGCGCGAAAAGGACGAGGCGUUGGCGCGUCGGAGUGCCAAAGCACUGGAGGACAAGACCAAGAGGGUGCUGGAUAUGAAGGAGCGCAUUGUGAAGAAGCAAAAGGUCACGUACAAGGAUCGCGAAGAGGAGAAAUUGGGCAAGAUUGCCGAAAACUCGGCGGAAUCGAUUCGUCAGGCCAAGGAAAAGCUGGAAAAGCUCGAGAAGGAGGACCUGCUUCUAAAGAGAAAGGAGCAGGCGUUGGCCAAGAGCAGACGACAGGCCGACCCCGACGAAGUCGCCGACCUUGCGGGUCCCCUUCCAGAAGCCAAACCGUGCCAUUUUGGUGGCAUUCCGUCCACCAUGUUUCGCCAAGUGCUGUCGGCAUGGGACUUCGUCGUGUCGUUUCAAAAUGCCGUGGGCAUCUCGGCCAUGACAAUCGACCAACUGUGCGCCGCGCUCGUGUCGCCCAAGUUUUGUCCGCUUGUGAACGAGCUGCACAUGUGCUUGCUCGAUCUCAUUUUGGAGAGCAGGGAAGUCGACACGAGUGUGUCGGAAGAAGACGCAGAGAUGGACCCGUUGGACCGAUACCGCUUUGAAGUCGCCCAUGCGCCGUUGACUGUGGGCGUGCCGACGUCCAAUAUGCUCAACGUCCUGUCAUGGCCGGCCGUGCUGGCCAACUUGAUCACGGCCGUGCCGCGGUACUUUAACAAUGCGUCGCCGGCGAUCAAGGCGGCCGUGGCCGCGCUGCGUGAGACAGAGUAUCCGCAGCUGCUUCUCCACCACAAGAUCGCGCUGCUCGACUUGCUCGUGGCGUUGGCCUACAGCACCGACAAGAUUGGCCGCAUAGUCAACUUGCACGUGCAAGAAAGAACCGACGCGUCGAAGGAGCACAACCGGCUGCUGUUCCAGGAGAAACGCGAUAAAGCCGAGGAAAACAAGCGGCUGGUGGAGCAGCAAAAGGCCGACAAGGCCAAGCUCGCGUCGGAGCAAAAGGUGGCCAUGCAAAACUGGCUCAAGGGCGGCAAGAAGGGCGCGGCGCCCGUUGUGGACGAGGCGGUGUCCCAGUCGCCACUGGACGACGACGCGACGUCGGCGACCCAGAGCGACGACAGCGACAACAGCUCGGACGAGGACGACGAAGAACUCAAGUCCCUCCAGGCCAAAGGCAUCAUUUCUCGGCAAGAGUAUUUGGCCCGCAAGAAGAAGCGCGACAUGGAGCGGGACGCGCGGCGAAAGCACAAGGAAGAGCGCGCGAGGAGAACCAAACAAAAGGAGCAACUGCUCAAGAAGCGCGCGCUGGUGAUCGAAGAGCUCAAUUUGGCCAUGGAGAUGCGCGACUUGGACCGACUGCACAUGAGUUUGAAGGCGGCCAAGGAGAACGGCAUGCACACGCUCAAGAAACCCAAGCUCUCGACGACGGGCGUGUUCGUGGCCGCGACGCCCCAGGACGUGAAAUUGUACGAAGACGCGGUCGAGUUUGCCGAUCGGCUCGAGGCGGACGCGGCCAAGGAGCACGAGAUGGACGAGCGCAAGCAAGCGUUUGACAAGGCCAUGCGCGAGUUCUUUAUCCGGACGCAAUCGCUGGGCAAAGACUCCAACCGGAGCAAGUACUGGCUCUUCCGUGGCGACGCCAAGCGCAUGUACGUCGAGCACGUGGACGGCAAGUGGUCGUACUACGACUCGCCGUCAAGCGUCCAGCAGCUUAUGGACGCGCUGCCCGAGGGCCAUCCGUUGAAGAAGGAGCUGGUGCCCCACGUCGACACAUUGGUCAAGGAAAUGAACAAGGCGGUGGCGCCGUCGUCCACUGAUGACUGGGAAAACAAAGCCAAGACAUGGGGCAGCAGCGCCUUGUACGACCUGACGCUGGACGAAGUGAAGAAGGAACUGCUGCAGGUGCAAGCGGCGGUCACCACGCGACUGAUCAACGCGCGAGGGACGAUGUGGGUACACAUUGACCAAAAUGAAUGGUCGGAGAACGUGGCGGCCGCAACGUCCAUCUCGGGGCUUGUGAACGCGGUGUUGGCGCUGGAGCGGGAAGUGUCUGACGAUAAAGGGCAGUACAAAGUCGAAGAGGACGAAGACGACGAGGAAGAGGACGAAACGUUUGUCCAGAACUCACUUUGGCCGAGCAAAAAGUGCCGCGACCGGUGGAUCGCAGUGGUCACGCAGUGCCAAACGCUGUCAAACGUAGCGCUGUCACUGGCAUCUCUGGUCCAGCGCAUGGACAUUUGGACGUUGACGGGGGGAGGCGGAGCGGCCAAGAAAGAUGCGAAAGCAAAGCGAGAGCUUAAGAGGGCCGACGAGGACGGCGGCGACGGGGGGUCGGAAAUAUCUCCUACCAAGCCCAAACGACAGCCUCCGCCAUCGACACACCCUCCCGAGCGAGAGUGGGAAGAAUACUGCUGUAUCUGCAAAGACGGAGGUGACUUGCUCUGCUGCGAUGGAUGCCCCAAAGUGUUUCACUUUACAUGCGUGGGGCUUCGCCGCAUCCCGCGAGGCAAAACGUUCUGCCCGUCGUGCGAUCGCAGUGUCAAGCCAGUGUACCCCGUGGUCAUGCCGGCCUCUGACAACGAACCCAAAGCGGAUCAGCCAUCGACUAGUGCUGCUGCUCCCAUAAUGAAGUCGGAAGAAGAGUGGGAUGCGUUCUGCGGCAUUUGCGAGAGCGGGGGCGAACUGCUCCUGUGCGACGGAUGCCCCAAAGCGUUUCACGUCGAGUGUCUCCAGUUGGAGAACUUUGACGAGCACGACGACUGGUUUUGCGUCGACUGCGAAAACCAGUCGUGUGGAUUGUGCAAGAAAGGGCGCAUUCGCAUGGACUCGCACGUCAUUUGCGGCAACGAGGCGGGUACGAAAGGGUGCGAGCGGGUGUUUCAUCUGAAAUGCGUCAAGUUGGACCAAGUACCGGUGGACGAUUGGUUCUGCAAGCGCUGUCUCAAGCUGGCCAAGUAAUUAAUACACAUGUCAACUAGCGCCGUCUAUGUUUGUGUUUGGCAACUCGGACGAUACGCGAGUAAAGACGUGGUGCCACUGACUCGCCACUUUGGCCCACGAAAACGCACUCCUGGCGUGUGCUUUCAUGUCGGAUCGAAAGCGCGUCGUGUUCAUGUCGACGGCGGCAACCACUGCGUCCACCCACGCCAGUCGCCACGCUUCCGCUACGUCGUACUUGAACAUCGUGUUUUCCC